AUGGAUGAGACAAUCGGAGCAAUCCAAGACACCGGUGUCCAGGCCACACCCAAGCAUCUCGUUGGCAACGAGCAAGAAACGCAGCGCAAGCCCACACUGAUCAACGGAAAGAUUGUGGACGCAGUAUCCUCCAACGUUGACGAUCGCACCACGCACGAGCUCUACAUGUGGCCCUUUCCAGACGCCGUCCACGCUAGUGUAGCAUCAGUCAUGUGUGGCUACAACCGCGUCAACGAGACUUAA